UCCCUAUCAACACCAACCAACAAUUUCUUCACAGUUCAUCGACACCAAACGAUAGCACAAAGAUAGCAGCAGCCAGCAUGAAGAUCUUCCUCGUGCUCACUCUCCUCGCUCUAGCUGCGAGCACCACCUCUGCGCAGGGCUUGGAGCCGCAGGAGCAACCAGGCUACUACGGAAGCCUGCACCCGUGCGGCGAGCUCCUCAGGCAGAAGUGUCCCAUGGCAACGGGAUGGCCCUUCCUCCGGCCACCGAUGUGGUACCCGAGCAGAUGCCUGGCGAUGCGGCAGGAGUGCUGCCUCCGGAUCAGGCAGGUGGAGCCCCCACAUCGGUGCCAGGAGGUAUGCAGCCUGGUUGAGGCUGUAGUACAGCAGAUGCUGCUGCAAGGCUCGGAGUAUUAUGAACUUCAGAGGGCUGCUCUGGGUGCCAAGAACCUGCCGGCCAUGUGCGGAGUUUCACUGCCAAGUUACUGCACCACUCCGUGUGCCAUCACUGGUGGUGGUGCCUGCUGCUGAAGAAUCAUAGAACAAGUAAUAAAGUGUCGCACAUCAUCAUGUAUGGCCAAUGGAAUACAAUAAUAUUAGUUCAAUAAACUCUGGUUCUGGCUGGCCCCUCCCCAGUCUUCACUGU